AGUAAAGUAGCAGGAACAUGGUACGCCUACGGCAACUGGUAUCCGGGUAUCGAUCCCACCGAUAUGGAAAGUCCACUGAGCAAUGAUGUCAACUUUUAUCGCAUCCUGGGCAAAGGCUAUUUCCCCACGACCACAAUACCAGCGGCCAUUAUGGUCCAGGAGCAGACAUUUUACUACAAUGCUUCAGACAUGACAUGCCGCUCUAAUCGCGAAAUAUGUUAUCUGACCACGGACGGACGCCAAAUUGGUUUGUACUUUUUCCCACCGGACCUAUCCAGAACUAACACCGAAGCCGCCGGUGUGGAUAAUUCGAUUGUAUUGGCGACCGACUACGACUCGUACAUCCUUUUCUACCAAUGUUUCGGAACCAACAGCACUUCGGGCUUGUUCGGUUAUCCCGAUAUCUACCUCAACACAAGGAAGAAGCCCCAGGAUGUCACCGGCAGUGAACUGGACAAGAUAACCGCAGCGGUCAAUGCUGCUCUGAAGUCUUACUGUCUGGAUAUCAGCGCUUUUGUUGUCGUAGCAUGGGACAACACGAAACCUGAUUGUGCUCGAGCGGCACCUUCGCCUUGUUACACAAGCGUUGCUAAAGCUUUCAACGAUAUUAUAGAGACAUCUGCAGACCCGCAGUCAUAAUUAAGAUUUCCAGAUAGUACUGUCAAGCCUUAAAAACAAUCUCUCGCUCAUGGUUUUCUCUUGCAGCCAUGAUUUACAAUUUUAGAAUGCAGCGCAAACGUUUACACAAUUUCUGUGUAUCUUUCGAGCAGCAUCAGUAAAAGUUAAAGACAACUA